AUGGACUCUCCAGUGCCGCGCGGCGUCUGCGGCACUGCGACUCCGACUCCCCGCUCCUCACCGGGAAAUGAAACUUGGAGGAGGCAGUCUUCUCAUUGGAGUUGCCAGCAUGGGAUAGCAGCCAGCCCCAGCGGAAGCCUACGUCCGCCUCUGCCGAACUUGUUGGGGAUGUAUUUGGCCAAGCCAGGGGACGCACAGAGGGAUGUGAGUCCUUGUUCGCGUGCAAAUUCACGUGGUCGCCGAGAGGGCGACUACUUGCGUGGUGAUGGUGAUUCCAUCAUGGGUGAAGUACAGGACCGCAUUCGUGAGAUGGAGGCGCGCAUGGCCCUCGAUGUGGAAAGCGACACCCAUGAGGGCGCGGUCAUGGCACAUGUUCGAACGAAUCGCACCAAUCCAUCAGGGGUGACUGGUAUAGCAGCCUCUGGAUGGACUGAAGAUAGCCAAGGUGAGGAGAAGAAACCGAGGCCGAAACGUUGCCGAAUUCCUUUCCGUCCGGCUAUCAUCAUGACUGUAGCCUUCGGCGCUUUAUUGACCUGCGUCUUGAUGUUUUUGCCGUUGUAUGAAUUCACCACCCAGCUUCAAACCAAGACCGCUGAGAGUUUUGGCAAAUCGGUGAAUCGUCAGUUCGGCCUGAUUGAAGAACUGACCUCCCGUGCCGCCACCGCGUCACACCGCAGUAUUCUUGGGCGAAUCAGAAACCUGCUCUGGGAAACAGUGAUGGAGCCCCCGGAUCGUGCCAUUGACGCUCUCUGGGGCACCAUGCAAAUGUCCCACAGCUUUGAUCCGGCCUGGACGGGCCAGACGGAGAAGCAGCGGGCGGCCAUGGCUUAUCGCGCCUUCUUGGAGUUGCAGCAACAGCAAAAGGAGGCCAACCACACCCACCGACAAACCGGUGCUGCAGACUUUCUGUAUGUGGCUUUUCAGGGUGGCGAUUUUUCUGGCACAUCAUUCCGCCUGAGAGAUGAAGACACGCAGAAGGGAUACAAGGCGAAGUGGUUUGAUUGUCCGCUGCAUAGCAGCACUGCUGAAGACACCUUCUUAGAGCUCGGCGUGGUGAAGAAAGACCCAGAGUGCAAUGAGAAGUUUCCGUUGAAACGGCCAUGGUAUACCUUGCAAUCCAACAUGGCAGAUAUCGGUGGUCCACUCAAGCGCAUGUGGUCAGGGCUCUACGUCUACCUGGAUGGUACCACCAUCGGUCUUACCAAGACAGCACCCGUGGCGUAUUGUGGGGACUACUCUUGCUUUGAGGGAGUGAUUGCUGCCGACAUCACCUUGAAAGUGGUGGGCCAGAGUUGCGACGAGGCUUUCGUGACGUUGCAACAAGAACUCAUGGCUUCAGCCUAUCAAUUUCCCAUCAAUCGGAGUAAUGCGGUGGUCUUUGUGGUGAGCCAAUUGACUCGAGGUCAGCAAGCUCCAGGGGUCCUGGUUGGCGCCUCCCAUCUCCAACUGGACCAGAUUGUGAUGGCGCAACACUCCAGUGAGGUUUGUUCGAAGCACAAUCGCGGUUUCACAAGAUCAGCUGUGGAAUGGAUCAUAUCCGUUCGCCCUACGUUGGGCGUCGUGAUCUCCAACGAGUUGUUGCGGGCCGGGUCAAGCAGAUCGCUGCUGAAGAUUGAGCGUGAUUCCAACGGCUUUGCGCAAUGGAUACGGUGCUGUGUGCGGCGGUUUCUGGGCAGGGCUGGACUGCACCAGUCCACACAGGGACUUCGAUGCAUGGUGUUGCCCUUGCUCAUGGGCAACGAGGAGCAACUCUUCCGCUUUCGUGCUGCCAAUGGCUCCACUGACUGCGGUGUGGAGUUUUCGCAGUUUACAGACCCCGAAUGUUUGCAGGUGGGUACCUUGUCCGUCCAGCUAGAUGAGGUAGAUCGUUGGCUGGUGGUCAUCGUCUCUCCUGCCGUCGCAUUCUUCACCUUGGCAAAGCACAUCGAGGAGAAUGUCAUGGAAGAAUUGGAGGGCGUGACGAUUUUGCAGUCUGCCGCCUUGGCCUUUUUCGUGACCACCGCCCUGACGGUCGGCAUCGGAUUCGGCCUCGGCACCGCUGUCUCGAGUCCUCUCAGGGAACUCACCUUCCUGUUGCGGCGCCUGGGGCAUUUGGACUUUGGACGAUUUGGGGUCUGCCUUCAGGCGAAAGCUGGUAGCAGUAUCCGUGAUAUCUGCGAGGUGCAGGAUGCGUUCUGCCGUUUAUCCAUGGGCAUACAAACCUUUGCUCGUUUCGUGCCGGAGGCCGUGGUGCGGAAUAUCAUCAAAGGUGAUUGCCGCGCUGCCAGGCUCCAUGUCACGAAGAGAGAAGUGACGAUCAUGUUCUCUGAUAUCAAGGACUUCACCGCGAUGUCAGAGACGAUGAAGCAGACAGACCUGAUCUUUCUCUUGACGCGAUACCUGUCCAUCAUGUCACGCAUCGUGGAGACUUUUGGAGGCGUCGUGGCGGAAAUCCUGGGCGACGGUCUCUUGGUCUACUGGAACACGCCUUUGGAUGUGGAGGACCAUGCUGUGAAAGCUUGCGCUGCCGCUGUGGCGAUGCAACAGGCGCUUGGACCUUUAAACUACGAGAUCACGGAAUGCAAAUUAGAACCGCUGAAAGUCCGGAUAGGCGUGAAUACGGGGGAAGUUCUCUCGGGAACCUUUGGGAGCGACCUGAAGAUGAAGUUCGGCUGCAUGGGUGACCCUGUAAACCUGGCCAGCCGCCUGGAAGGACUCUGCAAGGUCUAUGAUGCGGGCAUCAUUGUUUCUGGAACCACCUAUGACUCUAUCGCCAACUCCGGCUUUAUUUGCAGAAAGUUGGACCUGGUUCAGGUGAAGGGACGAAAAGAACCUGUGAUGGUCUACGAGGUGAUGGGUUGCGAUCUUGCGUGUGAUCCGUGUCCCUUCCUCCAUGAAAUGACUGCAGAUGACUCCCAAAGCUCCUCGCCCAGGCGCGGCCGAACGGAGAUUUUUAUGGGACAAUUCCGUACUAAAAUGUAG